AAUUUUAUAACUGCAUCGAAGCGUCAGCAAUUGUUGUUAUUUGCAAUUAAUGAAUAUAUGCAAAAAUCGAGCUAACUCAGUGGUGUUGUAAUGUAUUUAAAGUGUUCGGUAAAAGUAAUUGGAAAUCAGUAUUAACCAAGGCCGCUUACCACAAAAUGUAAAUCUGCAGUUGCCCUACCAAAUUGAGGCGAACCUAAUUGGAUAAACAAAAUUCCGAGAGUGUGUCAUCAGUGACGGAUCGUCGUUGAUUCCCCCGAUAAGCAAAACAAAGCAGCGGCCUGAGGAUCUGAACGACCGCGCCCUUAACAAAGGAGAAUCUGUGGCACCAUGCCGAUACUAUAUAGUGUCAUAUCGCGGGGCACCACCGUGCUGGCCAAGUUUGCGGAGUGCGUCGGCAAUUUUGCCGAAGUGACGGAGCACAUAAUCGGCCGGAUCGGGGUGCACAACCACAAGAUGACAUACACUCACGGCGACUACCUGAUCCACUACACCUGUGAGAACAAACUGGUCUACAUGUGCAUCACCGACAACGAGUUCGAGCGGUCGCGGGCCUUCCUCUUUUUGGCGGAUAUCAAGCAAAAGUUCAUCCAGACCUACGGCCUCCAGGUGGCCACCGCCAUUGCGUACUCGAUGAACACGGAAUUCUCCAAGGUCCUCGCCCAGCAGAUGGUCUACUUUAGUCAGUCUCGGGAGGUAGACACCAUUUCGCGGGUACAUGGGCAGAUUGACGAGCUUAAAGACAUAAUGGUUAAGAAUAUUGACAGUUUGCGGGAUCGCGGAGAGAAGCUGGAGCUGCUGGUCAACAAGACCGAAAACUUGAGCAAUAAUUCCGUUGCAUUCCGCAAGGCCUCGCGAAAUUUGGCGCGUCAAAUGUUUUGGAAGAACAUCCGCAUCUAUGUGGUGGUGGGUCUGGUGAUAACCUUCAUCGUUUACGUGAUUGUGAGCAUGGCCUGCGGUGGCCUCGCUUGGCAGUCCUGUGUUUAGGACACGGUUAAAAGUUGUUUAUAUUGUUAUAGGCGCAUAACACAUGUAUAUUUGCAUAUAAAACCCUACAGUACUCUCAUUAUCUAUGUUAUAUGUAAUAAACUUCAAUGUAUACCGGCUGAAA